AUGACGCUGAAUGCUGAGGAAGUUGUUGGAACUACAUUGUCGGCCAAUCUCCCGAUUUAUCGACUCGAACUUACAUUCAAAUCGGCUAUGGUGUCCGUCCUGAAAGAUCAAGAUGCGGUUGUGUCUCUUGUUUCACGCUAUGCCGUUCACCAGCAGCCACUGACAACUGAUGUUGCUAUUGAGGCAGGUGUAUCCCGCUUUAUACCAUCGGCCUUUGGUAUCGAUAGCCGAACGGUAGAAGAAGGUAAGCUCAGCUGCCAAAUAGAGCGCAGGAUCAAAACACAAAAUUACCUUUCCAAGAAGGCAGAUCAUUACUCGAACUUCUCAUGGACGAGGUUGGGCAUUGGACUUCUGUUUGACUACGCCACAAACUUCGGAUUGGCGGCCAAAGCCUCAGUGGCCAUCCUACAGCGUCCGAACGAGACGUCCAACCAAUACCUGUCAAUCGCAUCUUUUAAUACGACUCAAAAAGAGACUCUGCGCAUUCUGGAAUCUCGGACCGGUGGCAGUAAGUGGACAGUGAAGCAUAUUAGCAGUGUCGACUUGGAACACGAGGGCGAUUAG